AUGCCGGCGCUUGUGAGGCAUGGAGCGAGCGCGCUCGCUGUUCGAGCAACGGGCUUCCAUCAUCCUCCUCCUCCAUUGAGCGCUUCCAUUGCCUUGCGCGCAUUCUCCGUCUUGAACCGCCCGCCGCCGAACUAUCCGGGUCAUGUCCCUCUGACCUUUGUCGAGCGCGGCGCCCUGGCCGUGGGCUCUGCGGUGGGAUCGUUGUUGAAUCCUCGGAGAGGCGAUCUCAUUGCCGCCCUGGGUGAAGCCACCGCAACCCCCUACUUUAUCUACCGUCUUCGUGAUGCUAUGCUGGCCAAUCCCACUGGUCGGCGUAUCCUUCGGGACCGGCCCCGUAUUACUUCGGAGACUCUCUCACUGCCCUACCUGCGCUCGCUCCCCGAGAACACGGUGGGCCGCACAUACGCGGCCUGGCUGGACCGGGAGGGCGUCUCGCCAGAUACUCGCAACAGAGUGCAGUACAUCGACGAUGAGGAGUGCGCGUACGUCAUGCAGCGAUACCGCGAAUGCCAUGAUUUCUACCACGCGAUAACCGGUCUUCCGACGAUGGUGGAAGGCGAACUGGCGCUGAAAGCGUUCGAAUUCCUGAAUACGCUGAUCCCAAUGACGGCGCUGAGCCUGUUCGCUGUCGUGCGGUUGAAGCCCGCCGAGCGCGAGCGGUUCUUCUCACUGCACCUGCCGUGGGCGGUGCGCAGCGGCUUGAACAGCGAGGAGCUCAUCAAUGUCUACUGGGAAGAGCAGCUGGAGCGGGAUGUCGACGAGCUGCGGGCCGAAUUGGGUAUCGAGAGGCCACCAGACCUGCGAGAGAUACGCCGGAUGAUCCGGCAACAGCAGAAGAGGGAAAAGGAGAGACAGGCGCAGAACGCGGCCUGA